AUGAGUAAAACCCUACAGCAAAGAUUGUCUCACAUUGACCAAUUGCUUCAAAUAAUGAAUCAGAAGUCUGAGUCUAGAGAGGAAAAACUGAAGCAGAUUGAUGUUCUUCAAAAGAGUGUUUUAAAGUUAACAGGAGACAUUCAUGCGCUAGCCAAUCAACAUGUGAAAUAUUCUACAGUUGGUUUUGUUGCUUCGGGGAGGCCCUUGGUAGUGGGAGUCUAUGGAUUGCUUGGAUUAUCCAAAAGACUGUCUUACACCAAUGUUGAAAAUAAAGGAAACCAUUUUAAUCCAAACAAGGGCGUGUUUACCGCCCCUGUUGAUGGCGUGUAUAUAGUGAGUCUACGAAUAAGAAGCACAGGAAAUAAAGUCUGGAUAAAGCACACAUCUGGAAAUACUGUAUCACAACCCGUUUAUAUUGAGACAAAUGAACUCUUAAAUGAAGUUUCAAGUACAACUGGGGUUUGGAUGACAACUGGAGAUGAAAUGUUUUCAUAUAGUAAUAGUGAUCAUUUUGACUGUAUACAUUUUUCUUGUUUCCUACUAGGAAUAUAG